AUGGAUUUGGAUCCGGUUCAUAAGCCAUCUCAAGUUGAAGAGACAAAGGAGCAGAGCAACGGGCAGGGUCAAGUCGAACAAAAUCAUGCUCAACAAGAUCCCACUACAGGCCCUCAGGCAGAGCAAAAAGAAGCUAUAGUCCCCUCUCAAAUUUCUACUGUUCCUCAAAAGCGACCUGCCGAAGAUGAACCCGCUCCACCCAUGUCAAAGAACGCACUUAAGCGUCUGAGGAAGCAGCAACAAUGGGAAGCCGGUAAAGAAGACCGAAAGCAGAAGCGCAAGGAUAGCCGAAUUGCUCGAAAAUUCCGCAAGCGCGAGGAAAGAGACGCCCUCAUCGCCCAGGGCAUAAACCCCUACGCCAACAAGCAGAAGCCACCUUCAGUAAACGUUCCCAUCUCACUCAUCUUCGAUUGCGAGUUUGAGCAGUACAUGCGGGAGAAGGAGAUCAUCUCGCUCGGCAGUCAGAUUACUAGGUCGUAUUCGGAGAACAAGAAUGCGAGGUAUCGCACUAAUAUUUACGUCUCAAACUGGAACGGAAAGCUGGCUGAGCGUUUCCAUCAGAUUCUCGAUGACAAGCACCAGAACUGGAAGGGCAUCGACUUCGUGGAAGGGAAUUUUAUCGAGUGCGCGGAAAAGGCUCGCGAGAAGAUGAAGCGCGACAAUAUGAUCGAGCCCCUUCAACGAAGUCUCACAGAAAAGAGCCCCUGGACGAGGGACGAGCAGGACCCUCUCCCUCUUCCUGAUCCCGAGCCUGAGCCUCGCCCCGAAUAUAGCGAUAUUGUCUAUCUGUCGUCAGAUUCACCAUACACACUCGAACGUCUUGAGCCCAACACGAGCUAUGUCAUCGGUGGUCUUGUUGACAAGAACCGUGAAAAGGGAUUGUGCUACAAGCGAGCGAGGGAACGUGGUAUCCGCACGGCUCGGUUGCCUAUCGGUCAGUACAUGGUCAUGCAAAGUCGAACGGUUCUUACGACGAAUCACGUCGUCGAGAUCAUGCUUAAGUGGCUCGAGUACGAGAACUGGGGCGAAGCCUUCAUGAGCGUCAUUCCCAAGCGUAAGGGAGGCCAGUUGAAAGAGCAGCAGGGUGCCUCAACCGGAACUCAGGAAGCAGAAGGUGCCGAAGAAGAGGAGAAUGAGGAAAUCAAGGACCCUGAUGCUGAGGAGCCUUCCUCUGAGCAAAACACACCUGAAGUUGAGGGUGCUUCCAAGUAA